AUGUUCACAUUAUUUAACAAUAAAUGUCACGAAUCUGACCCCCGUAUAUCUAACGUUGCUGUUGAAAGGAGGACACCAUGCGAUCGCAUAAUUAUAUCCAAUUGGGAGCAAAAACAUUCAGCAGUUUUGCCCGAUGAUCUCCGAAAUUUUUAUAACUCAACAGAUGGAUUUCAACUUACCUGGCACUACAAAUAUUCUGCCGACGAAAUACUGCCAGUUGGAUCUAUACGGAUAAACUCACUGAAUGAAUUAUACUUGACACCGGCUUUAAAGGAUCUCUUGGACUUCUCUCUUACAAGACAAACGUCGGGACCUCGUCCAAUACUUAACACAAAAAGUAAAGUUUUUGAGCUGGAUUUGUGCCGCAAUAUUGGUAAGGUAUGUCUUAUAUACACGGGUGGAAGUUGGUCAGUGUGGCUCGUGACGCGAGAUGGUGCUUGGGGUUGGUUGGCAGACUCUUUUACUCACUAUUUCCGGAUGUCCCUGGUGCACUUAGGUUUGCCUGGCUGGCAAGCAUUGUUCGCUAAUUUACCGCUGAUACCUUGGGCGGAGCAAUUAUUCCUGCUUCUUGCGCCUCAUCUCUUAGAAAAGCCGGAGUGUGAAAACAGUUUAGUAGCAGUGAACAACGAAACUGGCCUUAAUCACAUUGAUCCGAAUAUCUUUAAGACUUCCGCACGACACCACAAAAACACUUCCAGGCCAGCUGUCAAUCAGUAG